UUCGCCGCCGCCAUUUUGUGCGGUGCCGUCCGGUUUCCCCCCCCGUUCCUCAGCCUGAUUCUUCACCAUGGAAGCCGAGCCCGUGGCUCAGAAGCCCCCUCGGCGGAAAAGAGGGAGGGUUAGUGCUGGAACAAGCGCCAGCCGCUCGCCCCCGGCGGACAGCAGCCGGUGCCCGCUGAGACGAGGCAGCUCUUUCACAUUUCUCACUCCAGGACCACAAUGGGACUUCACCCUGAAGAGGAAACGCCGAGAGAAAGAUGAUGAUGUCGUCAGUCUUUGCAGCCUUGACUUUAAGGAGCCAAGCAAUAAACGGGUUCGGCCUUUAGCACGGGUCACAUCCUUGGCCAACUUGAUCUCUCCUGUAAGAAAUGGUGCAGUUCGGCGCUUUGGGCAAACAAUACAGUCAUUUGCCCUUCGAAGUGACAGCAAAUCUCCCAGCUGUGCCCAGAAGUCAUGUAGCAGAUCCGCUGCUCCUACCCCUCCUAAAAGAAGAAACAGCGUCCUUUGGUCGGAGAUGUUAGAUGUCAACAUGAAAGAAUCUCUGAGCACCAAAGAAAUCAAACGCCAGGAGGCAAUAUAUGAAAUGUCCAGAGGAGAACAGGACCUGAUUGAAGACCUAAAGCUUGCCAGGAAGGCUUAUCACGAUCCUAUGCUGAAACUCUCUAUCAUGUCUGAGGAGGAACUCACCCACAUUUUUGGGGACUUGGAUUCUUACAUUCCUCUGCAUGAAGAUUUGUUGGCAAGUUUAGGAGAAGCAACAAAACCAGACGGAACAGUGGAGCAGAUCGGGCCCAUCCUUGUAAAGUGGUUACCACGACUCCAUGCCUACAAAGGUUACUGCAGCAAUCAGCUGGCAGCCAAAGCACUUCUGGAUCAGAAGAAACAGGACCGGAGGGUGCAGGACUUCCUGCAGCGCUGCCUCGAAUCUCCUUUCAGCCGCAAGUUGGACCUUUGGAGCUUCUUGGACAUCCCUCGAAGUCGGCUAGUCAAAUACCCACUGCUCCUAAAGGAGAUCCUGAGACACACUCCCAAAGACCAUCCUGAUGUUCAGAUUCUGGAAGAAGCCAUAUCUAUAAUCCAAGGAGUCCUCUCUGACAUCAACUUAAAGAAAGGAGAGUCGGAGUGCCAGUAUUACAUUGACAAACUGGAGUAUCUGGAUGAGAAGCAGAAGGACCCGAGGAUCGAAGGAAGCAAAGCUUUACUGUGCCAUGGGGAGCUGAAGAACAAAAACGGGCAUAAACUCUACGUCUUCCUCUUCCAAGACAUCCUGGUUCUGACCCGGCCGGUCACUCGCAAUGAGCGUCAGUCCUACCAGGUGUACAGGCAGCCCAUCCCUGUGCAGGAGCUGAUCCUGGAGGACCUGCAGGACGGCGAUGUGAAAAUGGGAGGCUCCUUCCGAGGAGCAUUUGGCAAUUCAGAUAAAGCUAAAAAUAUCUUCCGAGUUCGUUUCCAAGACCCCUCCCCAGGCCAGUCCCACACACUGCAGGCCAACGAUAUCUUCCACAAGCAGCAAUGGGUGAACUGCAUCCGAACAGCCAUUGCUCCCUUCCAGAGAGCCAGUGCUGCCCCAGAGCUGAAGGAGCUGCCAGAGCUCAGCGAGGAAUCGGAGGAAAACAACCCCUCCGUGCCCAACAUCAGAGCCCAGAAGAGGCAGUCGGCCAUGUCGGGCAUCACUGAGAUGGAUCUUGAUGAGAGCAUAGCUGAGUGCAGCUCCAUCAUGGACUCAGAGGAAGCCAAGGGCACGAAAACACACAGAACACUCUCUGGGCACAGGAAAACGAGGGAGAAGCAGCUGAGCAAGAGGAAAGAAACGCUGGUGUAGGGGAGGAGCCCAAUGCCAUCCUGGCAGGACUGUUUAUUUAUAAAUAACGUGUACAUUUUUCUUGUCAUGUGAGCACGAUUGGAUUGGCUCUACUGAACAGAAGCGUCUUUUGGUUUGUUUUCCUUUAUGUUGUAAUGGCAGCUACUGGUAUGCAGUUAACACUGUUGAACUGGAGUCUGUUUUCUCUUUGUAUAUAACGUGGCUGCUCUGACAGUGUCAGACAACAUUUUGACCACCUCACAGCAGAGUUUGGACAAACACCUUUUGGUUUCGGAAAGAUUUCCACGUCUGGUGGUUGUGGUUUGUGCCAUCACCCAGAGCCUGGCCACAGUCCCUCCUUGAGGUCACAUCAGUGCUACAAGCACGUUCCAAAGCUGAAACAACCAUUUUCUUCCUGCUUCUUGCAGGAAAACAGACCCCAAGUUCAACAGGUUCUCAACUUACCUACUGGAAUUGUUCAUUUUUGAGUGUCCAUUUGUACAUUCCUCAUCGUCACUCACGUAACCUGCCACGUAUUUAAUUGGUUUUUUAUUUUUAAUUAGUUGUUUUGUUUCGGGUUGGUUUGGGGGUAUUUUUUGUUUCGUUUUUCUUUGUUUUUCUUCCUUUUUUUUUUUACUUUUGUAUUCUUGUUGGACUUGGCAUUUCCUUUCGAGUCCUCAAUCCUUCCUGUUCAGAGAUGUACAAAUCGCUUCUCACGUCACUCACAGAACUGGGUUGUAAUGGGGUGUAGGAAGGUUUUAGGCACGUUGCAAAAGGGUUUGGGGAGGGAAGAAGAGCAGAUAGAGGGAAAUAGAGGGAGCGAGAGUAGCUUUAUUGUUGUGUUGUCAAAUGAAACGCCUCUCACUGCCCGUGGGAGGCAGGGUUGGAGGCGACCAAGAGGAUAUUGCAUGUGGUAGAGAGCAUAGAGAAAAGAAAGCGUAGAGGAAAGCAAGCAGCUGAAGCUGAUGAGUUAAGGGCAAAAGAGAUGGCGACUGUAUAUAGCCGCGUAACGGCAGGCAUUGCCAUGUUCUACAGUGAUCCAAAGAUUCCCGUGAGAUGCCAGCUUGGAACCUGUGCUGCAAAGUGUUGGAGGAAACAAAGCGGUGACAGCUCUGAUCAAAGCCAAAACAUCGUCUCUAUGGCAUGGCUGAAGGCGAUCCCACAACACCAACCACCACGACACCAACCUGAGGACUCAAUGGUGAAGUCCUGCCUGUUGGGUCACGUUGGAAAUGGGAAGAGGGUUCACACAGACACAAACCCGCACGGUUCUCUGUAAAUGAAUGUCUUUGUACAGUUUCAAGUGCCAAGUACAAUUAAAUUCCUGAUGGCCUCCUG